AUGCAGGGGAAAUUAGAGGGCACCAGACCACGGGGAAGGUCGCCCAUGAGAUGGAUCGACCAGAUUAGAGCGGCUGUAGCUGUCCCCCUGCACGAAUGUACAAAAAAGGCAGAGAGUAGGGAGAAUGUUUAUGGAGCGAACUUACGUCGUCAGGAAUCUGCUAAGCUUAGUAUCAGUUCAAUGUUUGAAUCUGUGGUUCCUGCGGCCAUACAUCCCUUAAUUGCUGCUGGUUCAUACAAAUGUGAAACUAUAAAAAGAUUUUUCGGUUUGACGUACGAUCAAAUGCAAGAAAAAAAAGUACCUUUUUACGACAACCUUAACAUCGAUUUUGUCACGAACAGUGGUAAUGUAAAACUGAAUUUAACCGCUUCAGAAUUAUUGGACAGAUUGUUAGACAAUACAAAAAUGACUGUUGUAUUAACUCACGGCUUUAUGGAGAGUUCGGACGGGAUAAUGGCAAAAGCUCUGACGUCAGAGCUAUUAAAGAAAAAAGAUAUGGACGUAUUAGUUUUAGAUGGACGAAAUAUUAUAUCAUACGAGUAUUUCCGGUCGACGACGUAUGUAAGAUUCAUUGGAGAAAAAUUAGGAUCAGUAUUAAGUGAAAUAAUAAAAAAGGGUCAAGACUCAAACAAUAUAAUUAUAAUCGGACAUAGCCUGGGAGCGCACAUUGCUGGAAUAGCUGGCAAAAGAAUUAAAAAGUUGACGGGUAAAGCCAUUGGUCGUAUCAUAGCUCUGGAUCCCGCGGGACCUUGUUUUAUUAACAUCAGUCGGGAUUACCGUUUGGACAAAGAUGACGCAGUAUACGUCGAUGUAAUACAUACCAACGGUGGUAUAUUGGGACUAAAAGAGCCUGUAGGUCACAAAGAUUUCUAUCCUAACGGUGGGUCAUCUCAGCCGGGUUGUUUUCUUUCGACCUGCGAUCACAGUAGAGCUUGGGAAUUACUUGCAGAAUCUCUUACAUUCCCUCAACAUUUUCUCGCUCACAAGUGCAGUAAUUGGACAAUGUUUCGAGAAGGACAUUGUUUAAAAAAUGAAUUAACAUACAUGGGAAUUAAUUCGACUAAAGGCAGUCCUGGAACUUACUUCCUUACAACUAAUUCUAUAUCACCAUUUGGAAACAGUUCUACAGGCACUAGAUAA